AUGCUUAUGGACAGUGUAAUCUCGAUCAAGUAUGGAGAUGAGCUACAGGACAGUUGCGGCAUUCAUGAGGGGAUGGUCUGCUGCCACAGCCAGCAAGUCCAGCUGUGGUGUACGCGAGCAAAGCCGCUCCGUAUCAAGUACGACAAGUGCGAAGAGCUUGCGCAGGAAUUGACUUCGCUCUCCAUUCUGAGUCUCACAGCAGCGAGGUACGAGGAAAACGAGGUAGAGAAGAAGGCCGCAUCUCUCAUCACCUACAUUGACAACCACUUCCCCCUAUCGAUCUAUCAGGCCAACGUUAGUAAGCUGAUCAAAGACACUCUGAUAGCACAAGUAACAGACGGCCUUGUGAAAGACCCCAAGACCAGGAUCAACUCCAAAACUCACAAUGAGCUUAGCUUCCAUGGGCGACUCAUUUCGCUCAACUGGCAGGGCAUGCUCAACAUGUUCGAACGGUUGUGCGGCAUCAUGAAUAGGAUCAAGAUCUCCGAGAAAGAGAAAGGGAAGAAAGAUCAGAUCAAGGCCAUGGCCCAGAAGACAAUCUUUCUUCGUGGCACCAGUAACGCUGCUGUCCAAUCUUUGCUUGUUUGGAUUUAUCAAGGAAACCUCCACUACGAAAGUUCAGAACAUCUCUACGAGGUCUACGAGCUGGCUAUCAAGCUCGGGGUGAAUGCACUUGCGGAGGUUUGCCUAUGCCAGCUGUUCAACACUGCGUCCGAUAUCAUUCAUAAGACGCAGCGCCUGGGUAUCGCCCUCGACACCCUCCUCGGAUUCACUUCAGCUGAAGAAAGUGAAAAACUGCAGGAUCAGCAUGUGGUAUCGGAUAACACCGUGGAGAUCAUCUUCCAGCGCGUGCUAAAGGAUGAGAAACCUCCAGCACGGCUUUUGGACCUGGUGGUUGAUGUGAUGGCGAAGAGAAUGCAUUCGAGACUGUGGGCACACAUGCAAGAGACCAUCAGUCGCCCUGUCGCACUUCGUUUGGUGGAAACCAUGUUACAUUUGAAGGACAUGAAGGCUGUGUAUGUCGAGAGUCCAGAUUCGGUCAUCAAGCUUGAAGACAGCCAUUCCGCCAAUACCCCGGCACGAUCUACGUUGGAAGCGAUCGACGAGCCGACCCUCGCAUCGUGA